UAAACUUGAAACGUUUUUACAACUGGAAUUGAAUAAAGUUCGAUUAAAAUUUCUUGAAAAAGUUGAAAGAGGCUUUCAAAUGGCUGAAAAAGCAAGUGAUGAGCGUUUUAAAGUGUUAAACUCUAGAAAACUCGAACUACCAUUAGAUGAAUAUUACAAACAGCAUGUUCGUCCUGAUCUGCCUAAUCUUAACUCCUCUAUUAGAGGCACGAAAAACGCCAACUGUGUAUUCAAUACAAAUGUAAUGGAUCUAACAUUGGAUGAGUAUUAUGAGCAGUUUGUGGUGCCCAAGGUGAAGCUGCAGGAAGAGCAAGCAAUAGCGGAGCAAAGGAGCAAACACUUUCAACGCACUCACUACUUUGGGCCGCGGUACUUGGAACAGUGCCAGCACAAGCAGAAAGCUGGGAGGGCAGUACAAGAAGAUUUGGAGAAUAAAAUACAAGACAUACAAACAAAAACAAUUUAAUCGAAACGAAAGAGAGGAAGAUAACAACAAGCUUAACUGCGAUUUAAUACGAAUCGAAGCUAUAAAGUGAGUGAAAGCGAGAAGGAGGGAGCCAUACGGAGAGAAGGAGCACGAGCUCUAAACAAUUAUUAAA